AUGAUAGGAGAUCAAAAUGACAUGACUUUAUUAUCGUCUACGGAAAUCAAUACCCUACCGGUGGCCGUCAAGAAAGACUACCCUCACCCGUCAGUAGAACCUAAUGAAAGCCUACAAAAUCUUGUUUCAAAGUACUUAGAAAAAAAUUUCAACAACUUCUGUUACUUCAACAUGCUCUUGUGGAUGAUCAUAGAUAUACACGAUGUACGAGAAGGUGAAUCUAAACAAAUUACUAGAGCAGGUUAUGAGAAAUAUGUCAAUUUAAUAGCCAACAUGAUAUUAACGAUACCGAAUAAACUUUUUGAAAACGACCAAGUACGGAAUAAACUACUUAAAUUGUACAAGGCUAUCGCAACGUUCACCCAUGAACCGUCUAUUUCGUCGAUCGUUAACGACCUUCGAAGUUUGGCCGACCUUGACGUCUGGGAAGAGUCUUAUCCCGUACGUUUUUUGUUCUCGCACUACGAACUAGGACUGAUCAAUACCCACAAGGAUCUUGUUAAGAUGCACAAGGAUGUGUGUUUCAACGAGUUGUACCACCGAGAUUCAAGUCAUCCUACAGUCGUAAAUUUGAUCCUCGUGUUGGACAUAGUUUCAAAUACUUAUCCAUCGACCAUCAACACAAUGAUGAUACGUGCAUUAAGAUAUCACGCUUUUCACGAUAUUGAAACGUUGAGCCAAGAAAAUAUUGAAAAGCUGACCUCGCCUCAUUAUGAACGCUCGGCGAUUUUUAUGAAAAACGGGAUAGAAAAUUACUUCAACAUCGAUUCCACGAGUCCACUAACAGUCGAACACAGAGCAGUGGACUAA